CUCACCUGUUGUUAAAAAAAAAAAAAAGGUGCACCCUCAACUGACUCCAGAAGACAGCCACCUUCCUCAGAUGAUGAAAGACAGCUAGAAGACAAUAGAGAGCAAACUUUGAGGUCAAAAUAAAAACAGCAAUGGCAACUGUGCGACAUGCAACACUUUUCCUUUGCAUCUUAUUGAUGCUUUCCCAUGGACUGAGCUUGCACAGAGUGGCCCGCUCUGCACACAAUGAGACAGAAAGAAGCAGUGAUCAAGAAACAACCUCAGGAUCGGAAACAGACCAUGAGACGGGGGACAGUCAUGGCGAGGGCGGCGGUCAUGGCGAGGGCGGUGGUCAUGGCGAGGGCGGUGAGCCCAUCACUACUCUGCCCAUUGUGUCUUGGAAGUGGAGUCAUGUCUCGGUCCCAUAUUUAGUGGCUCUGUGGAUUCUGGUCUCCUGGAUCUGCAAACUCAUAAUCGAGGCCAACCAUCAUGUGACAAACAUAAUCCCAGAGAGCGCCCUGCUCAUUUGCUUCGGCUUCAUCCUCGGCGGCAUAAUCUGGGGUGCGGAUAAGGUCCAGACCUUCAAGUUGACCCCGACCGUUUUCUUCUUCUACCUGCUUCCCCAAAUCAUCCUGGAUGCGGGCUAUUUCAUGCCAAACAAACUAUUCUUCACUAACCUUGGAACCAUCCUGGUCUACGCUAUUAUUGGGACUUGUUGGAACGCUGCUAGCUUGGGCCUCUCGCUAUGGGGUUGUCACAAGGGAGGAGCUAUGGGUGAUCUGGACAUCGGCCUGCUCCAGUAUCUUCUUUUUGGCAGUCUGAUAGCCGCUGUGGACCCGGUAGCCGUCCUAGCUGUGUUUGAACAGGUCCAUGUCAAUGAGGUCCUCUUCAUCCUGGUGUUUGGAGAGUCACUCCUCAACGAUGGCGUGACAGUGGUGCUCUUCAAUGUAUUUGAUGCAUUUGUCUCUCUGGGAGGAGCCAAAAUUAAUGCUGUGGAGAUAAUUAAAGGAAUAAUUUCCUUCUUUGUGGUGGCAUUCGGCGGCUCGCUACUCGGUAUGGUGUUUGGUUUGCUGCUCUCUCUUCUGACCAGAUGCACGAAAAAUAUUCAGAUCAUUGAGGCCGGCUUCAUCUUCGUGUUGGGGUACCUCUCCUACCUCACUGCUGAGAUGCUCUCCCUUUCUGCCAUCCUUUCAAUUGUCUUCUGUGGCGUCAGCUGCCAAAAGUACAUCAACGCAAACAUGGAUGAAAGGUCCGUCACCACGGUCAGAUAUGCCAUGAAGGUGCUCGCCAAUGGAUCGGAAACCAUCAUUUUUGUUUUCCUGGGAAUAUCUGCCGUUGAUAAGGAAAUAUGGGUGUGGAACACGGGCUUUGUCCUCCUCACACUCCUCUUCAUCUUUGUGUAUCGGAUCAUUGGUGUUUUUUUCCUAACCUGGAUCAUGAACAAAUUCCGGCUGGUUCCAUUGGAGUUUAUUGAUCAGAUUAUUAUGAGCUACGGUGGCCUGCGAGGGGCAGUUGCUUAUGGCCUGGCAGUGAUGCUGGAUGAAACCAAGAUUAAGGAGAAAAAUUUAAUGGUCUCCACGACUUUGAUUGUAGUUUACUUCACUGUCAUCCUUCAGGGAGUAACUAUGAAACCUCUCGUCACUUGGCUGAAAGUCAAGAGAGCUGCAGUGAGCGAGCUCACACUUAUCGAAAAAGUGCAAGACAAGGUAUUCGAUCACAUGCUGGUCGCCAUCGAAGAUAUAUCGGGACAAAUUGGACACAACUACAUGAGAGACAAGUGGAAUCAUUUCGAGGCGAAAUAUAUGUCGAGAAUUUUCAUGAAGGCAUCCGUAAGGAAGAAUCGUGACCAUGUUUUCAAAGUUUUCCAUAAACUGAACCUAAAGGAUGCUAUGAGCUAUGUGGAUGAGGGUGAACGCAGGGGCUCUCUGGAGUUCAUCCGAAACGAAUCGGCAUUUGUUGACUUCAAGAAAAAGUAUGGUGACGAUUACUCUAAGAUGAUGCCUGACAUCAUGGCUGACAUGGCAGAUGAUCGUGGUACAAUGUCCUCCAUGGAACGAGACCCCGUGCCAUCAGUGAGUUUGGAAAUGCACCAGCAGUCCAUAAAAGGUGUGAGGGAAGCAGAGGACAUUAACAGCCAUCAUUUGCUACAGCAACAUUUGUACAAAGGCAGAAAACAGCACCGACAUAGGUAUAGCCGGAGUCAUUUUGACGUCAACAAAGAUGAAAACGAAGUGCAGGAGAUCUUCCAGAGGACCAUGAGAAGUCGUUUGGAGUCGUUCAAGUCAGCAAAAAUGGGCGUUGCUCCGCCAAAGACCAUAACCAAGCAUACAAAGAAAGACCAGCAACAAAAGAUGUCAUUCAGAAAAACAACGGAUAAAAGUAAAAGUUAUCAUUCCGGUGAUGAAGAUUUUGAGUUCUCAGAAGGAGACAGCGCUUCUGGCUAUGAAGCAUCAGGAGAUUCACUCCCCAUGAGGGUCAACUACCGAGUGGGAGCUGGAAUUGAGAAUCCAGCCUUUAUGCCAGAUCUGGACUCUCUGGGGCCCAUGCAGAUUCCACCGUGGUUAGCGGAGACCGAGCUCCAUAGCAGCAUGGUGGCCCCCUCCCAGAGGGCCCAAGUAAGGCUCCCUUGGACACCCAGCAACCUGCGACGCCUCGCCCCGCUACGCAUCAGUACUCGUUCCACCGAUUCGUUCAUGCAAGCUGACGUACCUGUUGCGCAAGAGAGGGAUGAAGAUGAGUUUCCGCCGCCAUUGACGCCACCACCCCCACCACCUCCACCAUCUUCUGACAGGCACGGGGGUCACAUCUAGCCUCCCAUCUUCAUCUCCUUUAACUUGGCUGCCAAAGACACAGAACAUUACCUCAGACUUUGCACUCUCUCCUCUAAAUAUUGUCAAGGGAAUGUUUUGGUUUUUUUCUCUGAGACUGGUUAACUCCUUUAGAACCUUUGUACUGGUGACACUUUGACCCAUGUAGAUUUAUCAUCACCAUUUGCUAAACACGUGUUAGCAUCAGGUGCAAAAUGCACACAAAUAUUAUUUUUUUUCAAGGGAUGCAAUAUGUACAGCUUUUUAUUUAUUAAUAUAACCCAUUCAAUGCAGAUGUGAAAGCUACAGAGUAGCAUUAAAGAUAUUUUUAUCUCAAUAAUCUUUCAACCCAAACAACUAUAUAGCGUGUAUUUUUUUUUCAUCCAUACGGCAAAAUAUUUGGAUGAUAGUCACCAGCUGUUAUAAUAUUUCUCUUAAGAAUAUUUUGACCAAGUAAAAUAUUAGACUGUUUCAUGUAGAUUUUUGAAAUUAAAAUGAAAAAAGAA